AUGACUAACGCCGUAGCCGCAGCUGAAAGACGCACCCAGAGCUACCUAUCCAAGAUUGAAAAUGGUCAGGUAUUGACCACCACAUCACUAGAUGCUCUUAGAACAGAGUUGCCAGCCUACCAGCAGAUCAGAGGCAAAGUGCGCGACGUGUACGUGUUCGAGGACCGUGUAUUGCUCGUAUCUACGGAUCGCCAGUCGGCAUUCGACCGUGCGCUGGCCUCUGUACCAUUCAAAAGCCGCGUGUUGACGCUAACAAGCGUCUGGUGGUUCAACCAGACCAAACACAUUGUAGCCAAUCACCUGUUGGACGUGCCACAUCCGUCUGCGAUGAUGUGCAAGAAAUGUUCCGUCUUUCCCGUUGAGUUUGUCGUACGUGGCUACAUUACAGGAUCAACAAGUACAAGUAUGUGGACUAAUUACAAGAAUGGCAGUCGUGACUUUUGCGGUCACAAGCUGCAGGACGGCUACAAGCAGCACCAGAAAUUGCCCGAGAAUCUUGUUACUCCUACGACGAAAGACGAGCACGAUGAACUAAUUUCAGGUCUUGAGAUCGUCCGUAGCGGACGCAUGACACAGGAGCAGUGGAACUAUUGUGAGAAAAAAACGCUCGAACUUUUUGCUUUUGGUCAGAAGCAAGCGGCCAAACGCGGUCUCAUUCUCGUCGACACCAAGUACGAGUUUGGUUUGGACGAGACUACGGGCAACAUUUUGCUUAUUGACGAGAUCCACACACCCGACUCGAGUCGCUACUGGCUUGCGGAUACGUAUGAGGCGUGUAUGGCUGCUGGUAAGUCACCGGACAAUAUUGACAAAGAGUUUUUGCGUCUGUGGUUCAAGGAACACUGCGACCCGUAUAAAGACACAGAGCUGCCAAAAGCUCCCAAGGAGCUGGUCAGCGAGCUUUCUCGUCGCUACAUUUUGCUUUACGAGCUUAUUACGGACUCAGUGUUUGAGUUUCCAGCUGACGGAAGCAAGCCUGAAGACGAGCUCAUCGAGGGCGUGCGAAAGACUAUGCUCUCCAAGUAG